ACUGCAACUAGCCGAUAGUAAGCCAUAAGCAUCUCACUCUCUCCUUGCUUGAUUCUUCUGCACCGUGCAGCGAUCGCUCUCAUCAUCAGUCAGCCACUCAGCCUACAGGCAUGGCGUCCUCCAGCGUCCCUUCUUGGGUUGCACUUGCGCUGCUCCUCUUGGUUGCUCUCGCUGCCACCGCUAAUGGCGACGACCUCUCCCCGGGUUACUACGAGAAGACGUGCCCCAACGUGCAGCGCGUCGUGCGGUCAGUGAUGGCGAGCAGCGUCGCCGCCCAGCCGAGGAUGGCGCCCGCCGUCCUCCGUCUCUUCUUCCACGACUGCUUCAUCAACGGAUGUGAUGCUUCUGUUCUCCUGGACGCAACUCCCUUCUCCCCCGGCGAGAAGGAUGUGGAACCGAACGUCUCCCUCACCGGCUACACCGUCAUCGACGACAUCAAGUCCGCGCUGGAGCACGACUGCCCGGCCACCGUCUCCUGCGCCGACGUCAUCGCCCUCGCGUCCCGCGACGCCGUCGCCCUGCUCGGAGGUCCCACCUGGAGCGUGCCCCUCGGCCGCAAGGACUCGCGCUUCGCCGCCGACCUGGUAUCCACCAAGAACGGCCUCCCCAGCCCGCACGACGACCUCGGCGAGCUCAUCAAAAUGUUUUCAAAGCUCAACCUUGACGCUCGUGACAUGACCGCGCUCUCCGGUGCCCACACUGUCGGGAUGGCCAGCUGCGAUACUUACAGGGACCGCGUCUACGGCACCGACCGCGAUGAGGAGAUCGACCCAUACUUCGCACAGACCACGCAGCAGACGUGCCAAGGUCCUUCUGGUAAGGCGCCGUUUGACGUGCAGACGCCGAUGAGGUUCGACAACGCUUACUACAAGAACCUUAUCGCGCGGCGCGGUCUCCUUUCCUCGGACCAGACUCUCUACGGCGGUGGAGGCCUGCAAGACAGUCUCGUGGAGAUGUACAGCGCCGAAGGUGAGGCCUUCGCGAGGGACUUCGCCAAGGCCAUGGUGAAGAUGGGAAACGUGCCUCCGCCCCAGGGAAUGCCCGUGGAGGUGAGGCUCAAGUGCUCCAUGGCAAACAACUAUUGAUUGCUUGAUCCCAAGUGCAUCAUGCAACCCGGCCUGAUCAUAUUGGAUUCAGUUAAAUGUACAAAUUGUAACAGUACUAGUACGUGUUCAAUUUUUAAUUCUUUUGCCCAUACAAUGUCGUCUCAACAAAUGUUCGACACAAAUGUUCCCAUACAUGUGUGCCUGUGUAAUAAAUGGUGUUUGUAAAGUUUGUUUGAACGGGAAAUAUAUAAUGAUCUCAUGUUCGAUUGUUA